ACGAAAAACACCCUUAACGGGAACAACUAAAGGACGGCAAAGGACACGGGCAUUGCCAAAAUAUUUGGAUAGAAAAAUAACAAAUAAAAUGUUAAGCAAUCUUUAUUUGGCUUUAAAAUAACCUACCCAAUUGAAUCCGCCCAAUUAAGUGACUUUUGCUAAAGUGAAAGUAGCCAUAAAAGUGUAAAAGUUCAUUCAAUACAAUCAACAAAAUGUUCAGGAGUAAAAAUGAAGGGAACAUUGUGUACAAAUGCACAGUGCGACUCCUUGAUGAUUCCGACGUCCUAGAAUGUGAAUUUCAGCCGUUCCACAAAGGUAUUUACCUAUUGGAGUAUUUGUGUGGUGAGUUGGAGAUAAAAGAGAAGGAUUACUUCGGCUUACGAUAUGUUGACUCCUCAAAGCAAAGGCACUGGCUUGACCUCUCGAAAUCCAUAAUAAAGCAAUGCAAAGAAAUGGAUCCUCUUUUGUUUUCGCUACGAGUUAAGUUUUACCCAGCGGAUCCAUUUCGACUGACUGGAAAUGCACGGAUUAUGUUAUACCAGCAAUUAAAAAGGGACCUUCGGCAUGGUCGACUGUAUUGCUCCUUGGGCGAGGCAGCCGCGCUAGGAGCUUUGAUUGUUCAAGAAGAGCUCGGCGAUUAUAAUGAAGAUGUGCAUAUAGGAGGCUAUGUGACUUCCAUAGAAUUAGCCCUACGCCAGACAGAGUAUCUGGAAAAAAAGAUAAUCGAGCUCCACAAAAAGCGAGAGCCUGGCCAGGAUCUCUCCUUGGCCAUGGAUGAGUUCCUAGGCAUAGCACGUGGCUUGGAGACCUACGGCAUUGACCCCCAUCCGGUAAAGGAUCACCGGGGAUCGCAGCAAUAUAUCGGAAUAAAUAACUCGGGUAUCAGCACGUUCGUCACCGGCAAACGAUCUCAACAUUUUCGCUGGAAUGAAAUUCAUAAAAUCAAUUUUGAAGGCAAAAUGUUUAUUGCCCAUCUGAGCUAUACCGACGCUAGCCGUGAACCUAAAAAGCAUACAGUGGGAUUUAAGUGUCCAACCGGCGCCGCUUGUCGAUAUUUGUGGAGAUGUGCCAUAGAACAAAUGCUGUUCUUUACAUUACCAAAUAGCCAAAGUGCUGCUGUGAUUUCAGGAGGAGGAUUUUUCUCAUGGGGCACGAAGUUCCGAUAUACCGGAAGAACUGAGCGCGAAAUUUUGACUGAAAACAUAAAUGCAUUGCGGGAACAAAAAAUAAACAAUUCGAAUUCAAGCAAGCGAAAGGCAAGCAGUGUCCCAGCAACGCCGUCCAGUCCCCAAGGCGAUUUAGCACAAAUACGAUAUAGUAGUUUACCGAGAUCCACGAUGUCAGAGCCCUUGGGAUACGGCAUGCCAAAUGGACACUUUUACGGGCAGGAUCACGGCAUGAGUGAGGUCAAUGGUGGCAUCCAAAUAUCCAGUCUGGAGCCCGUUUGCGAGGAGGCACGGCUGAGGUCGUCGAACAUCGAGGGUGUCAACUAUUUGGCGACCCAAAUGGGGGGCUACGCCUACCGGGACUCCGUCGAACAUUCUUCCACUGAGAGCGGGCUGACUGUGAAUGGCUACGACCAUCCGAGGAAGCAUAACGAAUCGAAGCAGCACGGCUCCUACUCCCCGAACCUGUACUACGGACAGUCCGACGCCGCCUUGAACUCCAGUUCGACUGCCGAUAAGUUUCUGCACGCGGAUCAAUCCACACGGAAGGUGAAGAAGUUUCGCAAAUUCCACCUAUUACACGCCUUUGUUCCGUCCGUCAUUUUUGUGGCUUUUGCGAUGGCCGGAACUGCUGUGUUUAUAAUGGAGUCCGAGUCGGAAGCCUUCGAGCAGUUGCGCAACUCCCCGGAAAUGCUUUGUCUGCGCUACCAAUACUAUCAGCCUUUGAAAGAGUUUGUGUUGGAGAAGUUGGGUCGGAGAAAAUAAGUUUUUUCAUUACGUAGAAGCAUGUUUAAUUCCACUAGCAACAGCUGUAUCGGGUAUUUUAAAAUGUAUUUAAGUAAAUUCUUUAUUAUUAUGCUAUAAUGAUUCCAUAUUAAAAACAAAAGCCUGAAAUUUAUUUU